CAGGCAGUGGUAGGACUUUGAAAGCAGAGACAUCCUUGAACAAUCAAAAGAACAAAAUGGGAGAACCUGAGAAAAGGGUUAGAAUCCACAGGUUCAGGUGCUUUGCCAAGAUCAAGGUGUUUCUGUUGGCAUUAAUAUGGGCAUAUAUAUCCAAAAUACUAUCAGGAGUAUACAUGAGUACUAUGCUCACACAAAUAGAGAGACAAUUCAAUAUUUCCACAUCUAUAGUUGGACUUAUCAAUGGGAGCUUUGAGAUGGGAAACCUUUUGGUGAUUGUAUUCGUGAGUUAUUUUGGAGCAAAACUGCAUAGACCUAUCAUGAUUGGUGUUGGUUGUGCAAUUAUGGGCCUAGGGUGUUUCAUAAUAUCACUACCUCAUUUCCUCAUGGGCAGAUACAAAUAUGAAACAACGAUUUCACCUACAAGCAACUUGUCCUCAAACAGCUUUUUGUGUGUGGAAAACAGAUCCCAGACCUUAAAGCCAACGCAAGACCCAGCAGAGUGUGUGAAAGAAAUGAAAUCAUUAAUGUGGAUAUAUGUACUGGUAGGAAACAUUAUACGUGGAAUUGGUGAAACUCCCAUCAUGCCUUUAGGUAUUUCCUAUAUAGAAGACUUUGCCAAAUCAGAAAACUCUCCUUUAUACAUUGGAAUUUUAGAAGUUGGGAAGAUGAUUGGCCCAAUACUUGGAUAUUUGAUGGGACCUUUCUGUGCAACCAUUUAUGUAGACACAGGGUCUGUGAAUACAGAUGACCUGACCAUAACUCCCGAAGAUACACGCUGGGUCGGUGCUUGGUGGAUUGGCUUUUUGGUCUGUGCAGGAGUGAAUAUCCUGACCAGCAUCCCCUUUUUCUUCUUUCCAAAAACACUCCCAAAGGAAGGAGUACAGGAUAAUGGGGAUNGAACUNAAAAUGCCAAAGAGGAGAAGCACAGNNANAAGGCNAAGGAGGAAAACCGAGGAAUCACUAAAGGCAAACAUGGAAACUUUAAACUCUGUUUGGUUUAGAUGGGUCUGUGGUCAGUGGGCACUUGUCACUUGUGCUGAGAUAAGACAGCUUGUCGGUAACCA